AUGGCGGGACGUAUCAUCCUCUCCGGACUGCUGACCGCGUCUCUUGCGUCUAUCUCCGUCUCGGCCGCUCCCGUUAUCAAGAGGAAUCCUUAUAGCUUCGUUCUGGAAAACCCCUACAGUGAUACUAUUUUCGAGCUUGGAAAUGUUUCUUACCUAGCAAAUACCAAACAUCCAAAGGCGAGUGCUGGUUGCACGACCCCAGUUGACUCCUCUACAACGAUCCCCAUCACGGUUAUCAAGACCAACGAAACCGCUAUCACAAAGGAUUUCCUGACCAACGUCAUAUCCUCAUACCUCGAGGGCGACGAUGUCUUCAACCAUGACUUCUUGGACGGGCUAUAUCUGUCAUCGAGCGUCAAGUCAACUCUGGAUGCUUCCGCCGUCGACUACCUUACCUCUUUCAACACGAGCAUGCUUUUUGUGGAUGCUUCUGUGACUGCGGACGUUUCAAUUAACAAGAUGGUCCUUGAAUCGGCUGUCGAGCUUCCAGCCGGCCCAUACCUCGCGUCCGUUGAAGAAGGUUCAGUAAGCUUUGCGACUGUAUAUCGGCUCUACCCGGAUACCUACCGAACGUUCCUCUUCGGUGCCUACGAUUCGAACGACGGACAGGACAAUCACAAUCCGCUUGGUGUUUUCCUACCCAAAUUUUGGGACCCCAUGGUUCCCGUUCCAUCUCGCAUCUACUACUGGGACGACGACAGACCUCUCGCAGGAGAGCGCGUCGGGAUCAAAGACUUGUACGAUGUCAAAGGCCUACAAACCUCCGGUGGCAGUCAAGCAUGGGCUCGCAUCACGCCUGUUUCGAACGGUACAGCGCCUUCUGUACAGCAGAUUAUCAACCUUGGAGGUGUCAUAGUCGGAAAGCAGAAGCUUGCUCAGUUCGCUUCCGGUGCUAACCCUUGGGAGUGGCAAGACGAACAUUACCCAUUCAAUCCCAGGGGAGACGGAUGGCUCACAUGCUCAGCUUCUUCUUCCGGCGGUGGUUGCUCCAUUGCUGCGUACGAUUGGCUGGAUUAUGCUAUUGGAAGUGACACUGGUUCUUCUAUGAGACGACCAGCUGCAGUCGCUGGUGUAUAUGGUCAACGUCCCAGCCAGGGCAUGAUAUCCCUCGAACGGGUCAUCCCAUUAGGAGCAGCCACCGACACCGCAGGAGUCUUCUCUCGAGACCCCUACAAAUGGAUCAAAUUCGCCAAAUCCUGGUACUCACCCUCCCUCUUCCAAGACGAAUCCAUCACCGGUCUCUCCCCACUCUCGGUCCCAGACACCAACGCAUUCCCCAAAACCAUCCUCUACCCUACCGAUUACCUCCCCCUCAACAAUUCCGCCGCCGAGCCCAUUCUUCAAGACUUCAUCGCAAACAUGUCCCGAAUCUUCAACAUGACCGUCAAAGAGUUCAACUUCACUGCCACCGUGCAGAACUUCUCCGACCCCAUCGCCAGCAACUUCACCACCAUGAACGCAGCAACCGGCGUAAUAAACACAUGGUCCGCAUGGCAAGUCGUCGGAAAACCCUUGAUAACCGCCUGGGCCGCCCUCUUCGACGGCCGCUUCCCUCCAAUCGAUCCCGCACGGAGACCUGGCUGGAUCAACUUCAACGAAUCGCGUACAAACCAAACCACCUACGAUGCAGCCCUCGUAACCAAGAACACAGCUGUAGAAUGGUAUGAACGCGAACUCCAAUACUCUACUCCAGAAUCCUGUUCCGAAUCCGUCAUGCUCUACGACAUUGGCACAGGCGGUUUGCCCUCUUUUCGCGAAAAGGAACUCAAUGACUCGCCCGAUGCUUCGUACCUAGCCGUCACGCCACCGACGGCCAAGAUAACUGGUGCGGGUAUCUGUCCGAUAUUUGGGUGUGCGGAUUUUACGGUGCCGAUUGGGCAGGUAGCGUAUCAGAGUAAUGUUACGUUUCAUGAGGAGAUGGUGCCUGUGACGAUCAACCUUGUGGUGAAGAGAGGGUGCGAUUUUGUGCUUUAUAACAUGAUUGAGAGGCUGGCGGAUGAGGGGGUGCUGAAGACUGUUAAGACGGGGAGGACGGCGUUUUGA